GGAGCUGCAGCCCCGCCCGCCCGCCGCGGGCGCCCCGCCCCUCUCCCGAGAGCUACGCGGCGGCGGCGGAGGGGAGGCCUCGUGCCGUAACGGCCAUCGCGGUGGCCGCGGCGUCGUCCCGGUGCUCUCCUCAGUGCUGAAGCUGCUGAAAGAUGGCAGAAGAAGCGGUGGUAGUAGCCAAAUUUGAUUACGCGGCCCAACAAGAACAAGAGCUGGACAUUAAGAAGAAUGAGAAAUUAUGGCUUCUGGAUGAUUCUAAGUCCUGGUGGCGAGUUCGAAAUUCCAUGAAUAAAACAGGCUUUGUGCCUUCUAACUAUGUGGAAAGAAAAAACAGUGCUCGGAAAGCAUCUAUUGUAAAAAACCUAAAGGAUACCUUAGGCAUUGGAAAAGUGAAAAGAAAACCUAGUGUGCCAGAUUCUGCAUCUCCUGCUGAUGAUAGCUUUGACCCAGGGGAACGGCUCUAUGACCUCAACAUGCCUGCUUAUGUGAAAUUUAACUACAUGGCAGAGAGAGAGGAUGAAUUGUCAUUGAUAAAAGGGACGAAGGUGAUCGUCAUGGAGAAAUGCAGUGAUGGGUGGUGGCGGGGUAGCUACAAUGGACAAGUUGGAUGGUUCCCUUCAAACUAUGUAACUGAGGAAGGUGAAAGUCCUUUAGGUGACCAUGUAGGUUCUCUGUCAGAGAAAUUAGCCGCAGUCGUCAAUAACCUAAAUACUGGGCAAGUGUUGCAUGUGGUACAGGCUCUUUACCCAUUCAGCUCAUCCAAUGAUGAAGAACUUAAUUUUGAGAAAGGAGAUGUAAUGGAUGUUAUUGAAAAACCUGAAAAUGACCCUGAGUGGUGGAAAUGCAGGAAGAUCAAUGGAAUGGUUGGUCUGGUGCCCAAAAACUAUGUUACCAUUAUGCAGAAUAAUCCGUUAACCUCAGGUUUGGAACCAUCACCUCCACAGUGUGAUUAUAUUAGGCCUUCACUCACUGGAAAGUUUGCUGGCAAUCCAUGGUAUUAUGGGAAAGUCACCAGGCAUCAAGCAGAAAUGGCAUUAAAUGAAAGAGGGCGUGAAGGUGAUUUCCUCAUUCGUGAUAGUGAAUCUUCGCCAAAUGAUUUCUCAGUAUCACUAAAAGCGCAAGGGAAAAACAAGCAUUUUAAAGUCCAACUAAAAGAGACUGUCUACUGCAUUGGGCAGCGUAAAUUCAGCACCAUGGAAGAACUUGUAGAACAUUACAAAAAGGCACCAAUUUUUACAAGUGAACAAGGAGAAAAAUUAUAUCUUAUCAAGCAUUUAUCAUGAUAACUGCUGACCAAAAGUGACUGCUACACAGCUAUAAUUCGUCAUGUAAUUGAAGACUGAGAAAAUGUUGGUCCAAUCGUACUUGAUUGGAAAUUGCUGUUUCUAACUCUGUAUGAGAAUUGACUAUAAUACCUAAGUAUUUUUGUUAUAACUCAGCCCAUACAAAUAUACUAUGUAUGCAAAGCAUCUGCAUAGGGCACUUCCUUAUCCUUGGUCUUCUGUUCGGUUUUUUUGCUGUUUUUGCUUCUAAUAUUAAGGUUUAUAUUUUGAAAAAAUGAUGCAGAUUGAAAGUCUUUAUAUGGGAGAAUUUCUUUGUUGCCUUUAUUUCCUUGUAAGGGCACCAUAUUAGUCACUUUCACAAUGGUUUCUCUUCAUAUAAAGUUAUUAUAUCAGUAUGUGACAUAUGCUAAAAUAAAUUUCUUGGAGAAUGUUAAUCUUUUCUGUGACUAAAUAGCAAUAAUAAAUGGAAAAUUAGAAAUUAUUUUCAGGUAUUAUAUUUGUCACAAGCCAUUGUAAAUAUCGAGUAUGUUGUGUCUGCCAUUAUUUUAAAAAAUUCAUUCAAUGUAAAGCGAAACAAAUGGAACAUAGGUUAGAAAACAUGUCUUGUACAAUUUCAAUUUUCAACUGUUGGAAACAAAAAUCUCUAAAUUUUGAAAAAUGUUUUUUUGGUGCUUCUCUCUCAUCUGGUUUUUCAAGAGAAAAAAGCAGUCAGUCACUGAGAUAUUUAGCUUUUCAAACUAAAUGGAUGCUCUAGUGUUAUUUUUUCCCCUAAUGUUGUGUUACCAAAGCAUCUUGUAUUAGAAUAUGUUAUAUCUGUGCCAAUGUGGAAUAAAGCUAUGGCCAAGAUUUGGGGUAAGAGGAGGCAAUAAGAUACUUAGUUUCCCCCCAUCCGUAAACAUCAAUAAUUAUCAGGCAUAGUAUUUCUAUUUUCUUUUCCUCCUUUCAGCUUUGAGUUUUGUUGACUGGGACACUAAAAUUGAUGUAUACCUGGGGAAAAGAUAAGAUGUGCUCAUGGUUAGAGAAAAUUGUUUUUAAAAUCUUAUUUUUGCAGGUGCUUCCAUCAUGUUUUUGUUUACCAAGCAGAAGUUUGGGUGUAUGGAUGAAAGGUUACUAGAGAGUAUUGAAUCAACUUCUGUAGGUCACAGAAGAAAACAAGUUGUGUUUUAUGGUCACAGCUUUCUUCUCCAUUAUUAAUUCUGGAGAUUUAAAUUUAAGCAAAGCAACCUUCAAUAUUUUAAUUGAAAAUACUUAUUAAAACCACAUAACUUAGUAAAUGGUAGGAAGUCAUAUGAUAUUUUCAAAAAUUUCUCCAAUGCUGCCUAAGCAAAUGAAUGUUUCCAUUCCUUAAUAAUUAGAAACAGACAUUUAAUACGCCAGAAUUACUGAGGUUAAAAUUAAAAUUGUCUAAUUCAUGAGGUAUUUGGGUUUUUUAAUUUGUUUUAUUUUAAAUAUUUUUUUAUUCUUUAAAUCUUAAAAUCAUUUAAAGACUUAUGUUGCCACUGGGUGGCAGCCCUGGCUUCUCCCACUAAGCAACAGGAGUCAGCAAAUAUAAUUAAGAUAUUGAUGUAUAGUCUUUCAUCUUCGUUACAUCUGCUUUUAAAGCCUUUUCGUUCAUGUUUCGUUAUCUUUCUCAGUCCCCUUUUGUUUAUUAGGGUGAUUAUUAGUAGGUAAGUUUAAUGGAAAUAAAAGUAAUGUAUGCUUACCUUUUUUGCUGUAAAGUCACUUGAAUAUAAAUUGAAGGAAAUAGUUUUAAAGUGGUUGUAAAAUGACUGGGUAGUAAAAAUCUUUUCAUUUCA